UUUCUGUGAAUCCACUAAUGUCAAACGCUUUGUUUUGAUGUCAAACUUAAAAAUAUAUCCUGCUUUAACAUUUUUACUUUAAUAUUUCAGUAUAAAAAAUAUUUAUAAGUUUGUAAACCAUGUCUAAUAAUAUUAAUCCUUUAGCUGGAACUGCUCAUUUGCUGGACGAACUGGAUAAGAAAUUAAUGGUGUUACUGCGUGAUGGAAGGACCUUGAUCGGAUACUUACGCUGCGUGGACCAGUUCGCAAACUUAGUUUUACAUAAAACCAUAGAGAGGAUUCAUGUGGGUCGUGAAUACGGGGAUAUCCCGCGGGGAAUAUUCAUUGUUAGGGGGGAGACUGUUGUACUUUUAGGGGAAAUAGAUAAAGAGAAAGAAGAAAAUCUUCCAUUAACAGAAGUCUCUGUAGAUGACAUUCUAGAUGCUCAACGGCGAGAACAAGAUACAAAGACGGAACCAAAAUUAUUGUCAAAAGCUCUUAAAGACCGGGGCCUUAACUUGAUAGCUGACUUAGGCCAUGAUGAUAUGUUCUAAUCUCAUAUUCCUUAUCCAUAUAUAU